CUGCCCGCGGGGUCAUGCCAGCUGCAGAGACGCGGCGCGCCAGCAGAAAUGGUGCUGCGGUGAGGGCGCCUGAAAGGACCGCGUUCCAGAGCGAGAGGAGAAGGACUUCCACAGCCUUCACAGAGACCACAGCCAAACCCCUGCAGGGAGCGAGACCUUCCACCGCCAUGAAGGAAACUACUGAAAACGUGUCUCUGGACCGGGCCAGCUGGAGCCAGGUGAGGUGCGAGGGCUCGGCUACCCAGGAUACUAUUUUUCACUCUGAAGAAGACAACAGUCUUUAUUUCACAUACAGUGGAAAAUCAAAUGUUCUGGAGGUCAAAGAACUCAACUACCAGGUUAACACAGCAUCCCAGAUUCCCUGGUAUGAAAACCUUGCUCAGAUGAAAAUGCCCUGGACCUGGAAAUCGGAUCCCUGUUCCCGCCUGUCAGUCAUCCAAAAUCUGAAUCUAAAAGUGCGAAGUGGUCAGAUGCUUGCAAUUAUAGGAAGCACAGCUGGUGGAAAGACAUCCUUGCUUGACAUCAUAACCUGCCGGGAUCAUGGAGGCAAAAUAAAGUCCGGUCAAGUCAUGAUCAACAACAAACCCAGCACUCCCCAGCUUGUUAGGAAAUGCAUAGCACACGUGAGGCAGGAUGACCGACUGCUCCCCCACCUGACUGUCAGAGAAACUCUAUUGUUCGUUGCCAAACUGCGCCUUCCAAAGUUUUUUUCAGACUCACAAAGGAAAAAAAGGGUGGAGGAUGUGAUCGCAGAGCUCCGCCUGCGGCAGUGCGCCAACACCAGGGUGGGGAACGAGUACCUGCGGGGCGUCUCCGGGGGAGAGAGGCGCAGGGUGAGCAUCGGCGUGCAGCUGCUCUGGAACCCGGGAAUACUCAUACUUGACGAACCCACAUCUGGACUGGACAGUUUCACUGCACACAACCUUGUGAUAACAUUAUCCAGACUGGCCAGAGGAAACAGAUUGGUUCUUCUUUCACUUCAUCAGCCCCGCUCAGAUAUCUUCCAACUGUUUGAUUUGGUUCUUCUGAUGACUUCUGGACUCACUGUCUACUGUGGAACAGCUAAAGAUAUGGUCCAGUAUUUCAAAGAAAUAGGCUAUCCCUGCCCAAGGUACAGCAACCCUGCGGAUUUCUACGUUGACUUGACCAGUAUCGAUAAACAGACUGCAGAAAAGGAGAUGGAAAGCCGAAAAAGAGCAAAUGCUCUUGCCAACUUGUUCGUAGAAAAGGUCAAACAUUUCGAUGAUUUCUUAUGGAAAGCUACUGAAGGAGACAACGCUGAGAACACAGUAAUCAAGCAGAGUUCAGAAGAGGUUAUCAAUGUGCCUCACCAGUCAAGUGAUCAGUUACCAGGAGCCUUAAAGCAGUUCACUAUAUUAUUAAGUCGUCAGGUCUCCAAUGACUUCAGAGAUCUUUCAACAUUAUUAAUCCAUGGAUUUGAAGCCCUUCUUAUGUCAUUACUAAUUGGAUUUUUGUACUAUGGCCAUGAAAAAAAUGGACUCUCUAUUCGUGACACAACAGCACUCCUGUACAUGAUAGGUGCCCUUAUCCCAUUCACAAUAAUUUUGGAUGUUAUUGCCAAAUGUCACUCAGAAAGAGCAAUGCUUUAUCAUGACUUGGAAGGUGGAAUGUACUCUGUUAGCCCAUAUUUCUUUGCUAAGAUUCUGGGGGAGCUCCCAGAACACUGCAUUUUUGUUAUCAUUUAUGGGCUUCCCAUCUACUGGCUGGCAAACCUUGUUCCUGAGCCAGAACAUUUCCUGCUGAACUUCCUGUUGCUGUGGCUGGCUGUCUACAGUGCCCGUGCCAUGGCGCUUUGGGUGGCCGCUCUGCUGCCCACGUUACAGCUCUCGGCCUUCCUUGGCAACGUCCUCUUCACAUCGUUCUACCUGAGUGGUGGCUUUGUGAUAAGCCUGAACAGCCUCUGGACAGUUCCUUUCUGGGUUUCAAAAGUCUCUUUUCUCAGAUGGAGUUUUCAAGGAAUGAUGCAAGUUCAGUUCACUGACACCACAUAUGAAAUGACUGAUCGAAACUUUACUUACCAAAUACCAGGGAAACUUAUCACUCAGGCUAUGGACCUGGACUCCCACCCUCUCUAUGUGAGCUACAUUGUCCUCACCGGCGUCAUUUGCAGCUUCCUGCUUUUAUACUAUUUAUCUCUGCGCUUUAUCAAGCAGAAAUCAACCCAGGACUGGUAAGAGGCGCGGAGGCAGCAGUGCCGCCUCCCUUGCAGGAAGGCAGGGAGGAAGGCUGCCGGUGCGGGAGGCGGGAGCGGCGCGGCUGCCACGGGAUGGCAGCAGAGCCCCAGGAGUGGGGCGGGAGCCUGCCACGGGCCGCGCUGCAGCCUGGCCUCUGGGCCGGGGUGGGCUUUGGGCUUUUUGUUUGCUUCACGUACGGUCUGAACCAGCGACAAGGCGCUUGCGAGUCCUGCACGUCUGGAAAUAGGGCCGCCGAUA